AUGGAUAGCAAAGGGUACCUCAAAUCUUACGGUUGGGAAGAAGGUGAAGCUUUAAGACAUGGAGGACUGAAGAAGCCAAUUCUUGUGAAGCAUAAGAAAGACAAGAAAGGACUUGGAUGCGCUCCAGGCAAUGACGAUAGUGAAGCAUGGUGGGAACGUCUAUUUGAUGGUCAGCUACGAGGAUUGGAUGUCCAGACGGGUUCCAAUGGUAUAUCUUUCAAGCAAAGUGAGGUCAUCGCAUCGUCGGUUUCUAAGAGUGAGUCUCCUCUAUACAAAUGGUUUGUCAGAGGUGAGGUACUGAAGGGAACGAUAGAGAUCAAGCUACCGAAUGAAGACAAAUCGUCGGUGGUGAAAGUUACGGAACUAGCUGAAAAAGACACUAAGAAGAAGGAAAAGAAGGAAAAGAAGAAGGAAAAGAAGAAGGAAAAGAAGAAGGAAAAGAGUGACAAAAGUAAGAAAUCCUCGAAGCAUAAGUCGAAGGACAAAAAGCACAAAUCAAAGUACAAGGUUGAGAAAGAUAGAUCCCAUCACAAGAGUGAUAAAAAGCAUAAGAAGAAGAGUAAGAAGAAGGAAGAUUAA